AUGCGGGAUAUGACACUCACAAAGGUUCUGAUUCCAUUGCAGACAACAACUCCAAGAGCAGCUCGAUUGAAACGCAAAUCCCAUGAGCCCCCUACUGAGAACUUCACUAAUGUCCAGCGCCAAAAUAAUAAAGCCAAUGUUCGGGAGCUGUUUCACAUGGUAUUCAAUUUUGCAAAAGAUGAUGAGUAUAUGCUUCAUGUCACUGCAUCGUGUGAAGCCAUAUCGUCUUUUACACGCAGACUAGGCAUGGGCCCUGACCCUCUCAAAUUGCACUGGGAUAUGAUGACCACACACAAAUCUCAAUGGAACCAAAAAGUAAUCAAUAUUCUCUACGAUAUCACAAAGAAGUUUCAUCAAUGUUGCAAUUCCUGGAGAAAAGCCCAGCCGCAUAUGCUCAGCAAUGGCGCUCAUGAAACUAUGCAAGAAGUAGGAGAUCGACUCGUGGAUCAGACCAACGAGCGAUUGCGGGUCACUAGGGUUCUCACUCACAGGGCAACAAAGUUCGAAACUCAUAAGAAAGUCACGUCGGUUCUCCUAAGUGACAGGAUAGCCACUAGAAAGGACAACCAGGCGGUAUGGGCAUAUCUACAAUCUCUUGUGGAGAUGCUUGGCAAAGAUGGCAUGAGCUCUGAUGAGAGUGAGCAUGAAGAUGGUGAAGUCCAGGUAUUUCGGCUGAAGAAGAUGUUGUGGAGGGCAGACAUCAACCACGAGAUGCAUAUCAUUGAUCAACAAUGGUUGGCGGGUGCCGCGAACUUCACUCCCCGCAGAAGCAAACCUGCAAAGCGUUUUUGCAAUGCGAUCCAGGAGUCUUCUCGCCCAGCAGUUGAAGGCUUACCAAGGGUGUUAUACAAUUCAUCAUGGCUGAAUGACCAACUUCCUUCGUUCACAGUAUCUGACAAGAAACUCCAGAGGAUGGAAAUUAUUGUUUCCCCCCAGUGA